UCAAAACAUUAGCUAGUUAGCUGGCUACGCACUAGCGUAUCCUCCCAGCUAAAAUAAUACUACAGACUACACUAUGUCAAAUAAUAGCAAUUGAUUAUACACAUGUUUAGAUAGCUGUGCUUUUCGUUAUCGUCAGGCAGUUCGCUAGCUAGCUAUAUUCCAAAAUAUUCAACUGUCUGCGUUGGAAGAGGUAGACAGACGAGCUGUGUGGGAGGAGGCCAAAACCAGGACAAGAGCGAAGUCGGAGAGGCCGCUUGACACCUGAGGGGAGGACAUUGAAACGCCAGCCGCAGCCCGGCCUGAGACACGGGUAACAGGAUAGGGAAGCAGAGCGGAGAGGCUGCCGCCACAGCGGGGCCUGCGGACAAUAUGGCGGGCAGCCCCGAGAAGAGUGUCUCGGCGCAGGAGUGGAAGGAGCAGGGCAACCGCCUCUUCCUCAGCCGCAAGUACCAGGAGUCGGCCGCCUGCUACAGCAAAGCCAUUAAGCGGAACCCCUCAGUGUCUGUGUACUACACCAACCGGGCAUUGUGCCACGUGAAGCUGCAGCAACACGACAAGGCCCUGGCCGACUGCAAGCAGGCGCUGGAGCUGGACCCCCAGUCAGUCAAGGCCCUCUUCUUCCUGGGUCAGUGUCACCUGGAGAUGGAAAACUACGACGAAGCCAUCGGCAACCUGCAGAGAGCAUAUAACCUGGCGAAAGAGCAACGGUUGAACUUUGGCGACGACAUUCCCAGUGCCCUCCGGAUAGCCAAGAAGAAGCGCUGGAACAGCAUCGAGGAGAAGCGCAUUAACCAGGAGAACGAGCUGCAUGCCUAUCUCACCAAACUCAUCCUGGCAGAGAAAGAGAGGGAACUGGAUGACAGCAGAGAGGAACAAGAUGCCAAGUCGGAGGAAUGCAGAAGCCGACACGACCUCACUAAGUUCCACUCCAAACACGACAAGCACCUGUCAGACAUGGAGGAGCUCUUCUCUCAGCUGGAUGAGAAGAGGAAGAAAAGGGAGAUCCCAGACUACCUGUGUGGAAAGAUCAGCUUUGAGUUGAUGAGGGAGCCCUGCAUUACACCCAGUGGGAUCACUUAUGACCGCAAAGACAUUGAGGAGCACCUACAGCGAGUGGGCCAUUUUGACCCGGUGACACGCAGCCCUCUGACUCAAGACCAGCUGAUCCCUAAUCUGGCCAUGAAAGAGGUCAUCGAUGCUUUCAUCAUGGAGAAUGGAUGGGUGGAGGACUACUGAACGAAGGAGGGAGAGAGGGAGAGUAGGAAUCAUUCCAAAAGAAGAACCAGACAUUAAAAGAUGACAACAAACCAAACAAGUAUGAUCUGCACUUUAAAGCUGAGGCCACACCACAGACUGACAUACCUUCAGUAGGACUGAGACUACACCACAGACUGAUACACCUUCACUAGGACUGACACUACACCACAGAUUGACACACCUUCACUAGAACUGAGACUACACCACAGAGUGAUACACCUUCACUAGAACUGAGACUACACCACAGAUUGACACACCUUCACUAGAACUGAGACUACACCACAGACUGAUACACCUUCCCUAGGACUGAGACUACACCAGACUGACACCACUUCACUAGGACUGAGACUACACCACAGACUGAUACACCUUCACUAGGACUGAGACUACACCAGACUGACACCACUUCACUAGGACUGAGACUACACCAGACUGACACCACUUCACUAGGACUGAGACUACACCAGACUGACACCACUUCACUAGGACUGAGACUACACCAGACUGACACCUUCACUAGGACUGAGACUACACCACAGAUUGACACAACUUCACUAGGACUGAGAUUACACCACAGACUGACACACCUUCACUAGGACUGAGACUACACCACAGACUGACACACCUUCACUAGGACUGAGACUAGACCACAGACUGACACACCUUCACUAGGACUGAGACUAGACCACAGACUGAUACACCUUCACUAGGACUGAGACUAGACCACAGACGGACACACUUUCACUAGGACUGAGACUACACCACAGACUGAUACACCUUCACAAGGACUGAGACUACACCACAGACUGAUACUCUUUCACUAGGACUGAGACUACACCACAGACUGACACACCUUCACUAGGACUGAGACUACACCACAGACUGAUACACCUUCACUAGGACUGAGACUACACCAGACUGAUACACCUUCACUAGGACUGAGACUAGACCACAGACUGAUACACCUUCACUAGGACUGAGACUAGACCACAGACUGAUACACCUUCACUAGGACUGAGACUAGACCACAGACUGAUACACCUUCACUAGGACUGAGACUAGACCACAGACUGAUACACCUUCACUAGGACUGAGACUAGACCACAGACUGAUACACCUUCACUAGGACUGAGACUAGACCACAGACUGAUACACCUUCACUAGGACUGAGACUACACCAGACUGAUACACCUUCACUAGGACUGAGACUAGACCACAGACUGAUACACCUUCACUAGGACUGAGACUACACCACAGACUGAUACUAGGACUGCCAUUAAAUCUCCUGUUGAUCUAUACAUCUCUCUCUCUGUUUCCAUCAUUGUCCUUUUCCCCCCAUUUAUUUUGUGUCUCUCAGCUGCUCAUACUAGUCAGAUCCAACAAUCAGGACACGCUACCAAACAUUGCACCGAAUCAGAGCACAUCAUUCAACAACAGGACCCAAUCAGAAUAUAGUACACAACACCUUGGGCCAAUCGCUUGAACGUUACUCAGAACAACCAAUCAUAUUGCAGACCACUAAACCCAGCGGCCCAAUCACAUCCUAGACCUCGAGUCUACAAGUGCAGCGAUUGACCAAUCAGGGCUAAAUGUACUUUACUUGUGGUGAUGCUCCACAACUUGUCUUCUAUUUUAAAUCUCCUUUUCUAUGGGGAAGAGGACUGUCUGAGGCACCGCCAUGUUUUCUCCACUCUCCAUUGUAGUCCUCUUGAGUGGCCUGUAGAUGGUCCAAUGUAGUCCUCUUGAGUGAUGGGCCAAUUUUAAACCCAAGCUGAUUUCUUACCACUACAAUGCAGCACUUCUCUAUAUCCUCUUGGAGGGCUGAAAAUACUGUAUAAUAUAGAAUGAAACCCAAGCCCUCAUCUUCAGUGUUUUGCAGUAUGUAGGGAAGCAAUAUGUGUAAUCAAUGAUGGGAGGGUCUGGGAAGAGCAUUCAAGGCUUUGCGCAAAGGGUUGUUUUUUGACCAAGGACAUCUCUAAUUUUGGCUGAGUUUCCACCAUUUUGUUGCCGCUCAUACAGAGCUGAGCGUUGAUGAAUGGGGAAGUGCGUAGGGGUCAGGGUUGGGGUCAAUUCUAUUUCAAUUCCAGUCAAUGAAUUAAACCCAAUUCCACAUUUUCUUUCUAAAGAUUUGUUUAAAAUUGUGAGUCACAGGUGUGUUUUUGAAGGCUGUGUUUAAUGGUAAUGUGUUUUCUCUGGUUUACAUGUUGCUGAAUGUUUUCAGGUGGUGUCCUGUCUGUGCCUCAAGUGGCGCUUGAAGUAGAAUAUGGAAGUCAGUCAUCUGAUUGGCUUUGAGAAGGACUGUCUUCUCUUCAGUAUAACUUACUGCUCGUGGUCGCUCUUGUUUUAAUGAUUCCACUCUUUGAGCCUUAGUCCAAUGGCUGCGAAGCAUGGUUGGGGUCGAUGACAUUUUUCAAUUGAUGAUUUUCGAACGCAAAUUCAUGAAUUAAAAUAUCCUGAUUUAAAUAAUAAAAAAAUCAUUUUCAAUUCGACCCCUCAACCCUGCUGCAAACAGAUAAUCAGUUUCCUCUUCUCGUCAUUUCAGAAAUCAUACAUUCCUCUCAGCCAUACGACCCUGUUUGAGUUACCAACUGAAAAUGAUUGAAUGUGAAAUGAACCUGUAUAUUCCUACCCUCUGCUGGAUAUGAGGAUGCAGUUAUGUUGUGUUAGUCUGUCAUGUGUAUCAAUAUUAUGUGUACAUGUAGGGUUGGGGACAUAUUCCUCUCCCCCUUGGCCCUGAUUCCUCCUAAGAGAGGGGUGGGAACAGUCAAGUUUCUCUAGAGCCUCAGUGGGACUGUGAAUGUUCUUUAUUUCACUGUUGUGCUGUUAUGUCUACAAGUGUUCCAAUAAAGGCUACAACUUA